AUGAUGGACAAGUGCCCCAUCUCUUUCCAUCAGUUCAUAACUGACCCAGAUCCCGGGAAAAGUGGACCUAGACGAAAUGAAAAACUUCACUUCUGCUCAAGCUACCUCUUAAAAGGCUCAUCUGAAGCCAUCAAAUCGCUAAGGCAACAGGCUUUAAGCAUAUCUGGAAUGUCCGCCGAGACAUGUGAAAACGUCUUAUAUCUGGUUACAUACCUCCUCUGGUUACUUGCUAGUCUAUUGUCUGAUAUUGGAAAGAGCCAAAGACCUGCCAGUGCCAGACUGUCCAGCCGCAGAAUUGAUGAAAGAAGACAACUUCUCCGGCACAAUUACAUGCAUAAAACAUCAUGA